AUGGUAACGCUCAUUCAUUGUAAGCAGCUCGGAUCGUUCGCAUCGUCGGAAGUCGUGCCGGUACGGAAAAUCGGUGUUGUUGCGUGUGCGUGGUGUGCUUUUUUUCUUCUAGCCAAAUCACGCCGAAAGUGAAGCGGGAAAAACAAAAGUGAAAAGAAUCCCGUAGUUGGCUUAGUAAUACAGGAAGAGAAAGAGAGAGAGAGAUAGCACUCUGUGUUUUUCCCAUUUCGGUGAAAAUUACGCACCAUUUUCGUGAGAGCGAGAGUAAGGAACAAAACAAAAAGGCAGCAACAACAACAACAGCAGCAGAACGGAAAGUCCCUCAAAGCCUAGCGUGACAGCAAAAAUCAUAUGCGCGCUGUGUACAGAACGAAAACAACGUUCGCUGAAACGUGUGUGUGAGUGUGUGUGUGUGAUUACAGGUCUACUUCGAUGAGUGUGUGUGGAAAAGUGGAAAAUUCUCUCUGCGUACGGAACGAAUUUUUGCAACAACGCGGUCAGUCGUCUGUGUGAAACGAAACGCGAAACUAGUAAGGUGUCAGUGUUCCGGAGACACACGUCUCGAGUGCACUACCUGGCAUCCCCGUUUGUAUCCAGUGAUUUUGCGACCGUAAACCGCACCUAGAAUAGGGAGAGCUGUUGUGUGAAGUGAAAUCCAGACCCCCCCCCUCGUAACGUCCUAUUAGCCUCGAGAUCAUGCCUUCGGAACCGGAAAAGAUUUUCAACCCGCAUGCGGAUGUCGCCAGCAAGGCGUACAUCAACAGUAUGCAGCAGUACCAGGAGUUCUACCAGCAGUCGCUGGAAAAUCCGGGCCAAUUCUGGGCGAACGUAGCGAAGCAGUUCCACUGGGAAACGCCGUACGAUCCGAAGAAUUUCUUCUCCUACAACUUUGACAUCUCCAAGGGUCCCAUCUUCGUCAAGUGGAUGGAAGGUGCCUCCACGAACAUUUGCUACAAUUUGCUGGAUCGUAAUGUAAAGAACGGGCUCGGUGAUACGGUUGCAUAUUACUGGGAAGGAAACCAUCCGGACGACUACAGCCGGCUGACGUACCGGAAGCUGCUGGAGGAGGUGUGCCGGUUCGCGAACGUGCUCAAGAGCCACGGCGUACAGAAGGGUGACCGGGUAUCGAUCUACAUGCCCAUGACCAUGGAGCUCCCGGUUGCAAUGCUAGCGUGUGCGCGAAUCGGUGCCGUUCACUCGAUUGUGUUUGCUGGGUUCUCGUCCGAUUCGCUGGCGGAGCGUAUGCACGACUGUCAGGCGAAGGUAUUGAUCACUGCCGAUGGGGCCUGGCGUGGUGAGAAAAUCCUUCACCUGAAGGAUAUCUGUGAUACAGCGAUGGACAAGGCGGAAGAGCUCGGCCAUCGCGUGCAGACCUGUAUCGUAGUGUCGCACAUUAACCGCGUUACGCCGGGCAAGGAGAAUUGGGAUGAUUCUUUUGAUACACCCUGGAGAGAUGGACGUGACUUCUGGUGGCACCAGGAGAUGGAAGAUGCCGAACCGGCCUGCUAUCCGGAAUGGAUGUCGGCGGAAGAUCCUCUGUUCAUGCUGUACACGAGCGGUUCCACUGGCAAACCGAAGGGUGUGCUGCAUACCACGGCCGGCUAUCUGCUGUACGCUGCGACCACGUUCAAAAUCGUGUUCGACUACAAACCGCUUGAUAUUUACUGGUGCACGGCUGACAUUGGCUGGAUCACUGGACACACGUACGUUCUGUACGGACCGUUGGCAAACGGGGCUACGUCGGUCAUGUUCGAGGGUACCCCCUUCUUCCCGGACACCGACCGGUACUGGGAAAUCAUCGACAAGUAUAAGGUGACCCAGUUCUACACGGCACCGACCGCGAUCCGUUCGCUGAUGAAGUUUGGUGACGAGCCGGUACUGAAACACGAUCUUUCGACACUGAGAGUGCUUGGAAGCGUCGGUGAACCGAUCAAUCCGGAAGCGUGGCUUUGGUACUAUCGCGUGAUCGGCAAGGAGCGUUGCUCGAUCGUGGACACCUUCUGGCAGACGGAAACUGGUGGACAUGUCAUUACACCGCUCCCAGGUGCUACUCCGAUGAAGCCUGGUUCUGCCUCGUUCCCGUUCUUUGGCGUGAAACCAACACUGCUGGACGAAAGUGGCACGGAGAUUAAGGGUGAAGGUGAGGGCUAUCUGGUGUUCUCGCAGCCAUGGCCAGGCAUGAUGCGCACCCUCUUCAACAACCAUCCGCGCUAUGAAUCGACGUACUUCUCCAAGUUUAAUGGUUACUACUGUACAGGAGAUGGUGCACGUCGUGAUGCGGAUGGCUACUACUGGGUGACUGGUCGCGUAGACGACAUGCUGAACGUGUCGGGCCAUCUUAUGUCCACCUCGGAAGUCGAAUCCGUACUAACCGAGCAUCCGCGCGUAUCGGAAGCGGCCGUCGUCUCGCGUCCCCACCCGGUCAAGGGUGAAUGUUUGUACUGCUUCAUCACGCCCAACCAAAACGAAACGUUCGACAAGACGCUCAUCAGCGAGCUGAAGGUGCUGGUCCGGGAGCGUAUCGGUCCGUUUGCCCAGCCGGACGUUAUCCAGCAUGCGCCCGGUUUGCCGAAAACCCGGUCGGGCAAAAUUAUGCGACGAGUACUGCGUAAGGUGGCGAUCAACGAUCGUGAUGUAGGCGAUACGUCCACCCUAGCGGAUGAGGCAAUCAUCGAACAGUUGUUUGCCAAUCGGCCUACCAACUAAAGUGUACCCAUCAACCGCCAUGGAGGGCAUGGUGCGCGAGUGUGGUGCCGAUCGUUUGUUUAGGUAUCUCAUUGGGAAAGGAUCAGUUUCUGUCGGCUUUUUCUGUACCAUAACCAUAACCUGCACCGUCACACAGACACACCGAGAGGGACAAAUACGCAUACUUACAAAACUUACGCCUCUAAUGCCGUAUAUCGAAAAACUAAUGCUGGACAUCGGGGAACAAAUGCAAAGGAUGGGAGAAUGCGCGUGGUGCAGGACUACCACAUGCGUACACGCUAGCUCGAAUUUGCGAUAAGAAAGGUGGACAUACACGAUUUCAGUGCAGUUGUAGCUUUUAAGAAGAUGAUGCCCCCCUCUCCAGACAGGGGGGUUGCUGGAUUUUUGGACGAACGUUUGCGCUAGAUCGAGCCUAUUGCUGUGUAACGCUGAUCGGUACGGAGUACGUGCACACACAUACUUUAAGUAGCUGUUAUUGCAUUGUAACCAACUUAAGGCUAUUUGUUUUUAGUAUUAAAUGUUUGCCUAGGCUAGCCAGCCGCCCAGUGGUGCUCUCACACGCGUGGCCGGGGGUGAAGUAAACUCCCGCUUUUCUCGUUUGUUGGCAAUCUCAAAAGAAAAAAAUCGGAAAAGUGAAGGCUUCUUAAAUUUAAAUUAAUAUUUUUGUGUUUUUACAUCCCGCAGUCAUCGGGUAGGUCGGGUGAACGAACACGAGCGGGCCUGCUCCCCAGGUGUUGCGCUAUUUCAAGGGAGAGAAAAGCUGGUGUUAUCAGAAGUCCUCCUAUUCUGUGUAGGGUUAGGGAUAUCUCGCAUAGCGAUGAUUGAUUGCGGAGAGACACAGACAAAGUAGGCCAAUGUGUGAGUGUGUGUAUGGUGUUGAAUAUAGAAUGCAAAGCAUACUAUGAUUUAAUAGUGAAAAAGUGGGCGAAGAAAACACACACGCACUCACACACACACACACACACAGUCACACACACAGUCACACAAACGUCUCCCUUUUCCCCCCGUUCAUCUCCCUUUUCCCCUUUUUCCAUUCUAAACCGCCAUACACGUGUGUAAAUUUCAAACCGAACACGGAUACGCACACACACACACAACACGUGCGGGAAAAUGAUAGCUAUAUUCCGCGCGGUAAUCAUACUUUUUUAUUAUUAUUUCCAUUGCUUCUUUACUUUAAUCGUUUAUAAGUUUUGUCACAAAUAAACACUCACAACGCUUGACAAAAGCCACGUACGCUAGACUACACUUAAAGUACCCGAAACCCCAUUACCACUUCACUACCAUACCAUGCUAGUACCUCACACGGUUCCUCAGUUUCUCUUCUACAUGUUUGGGCCACAGAUGACGCUGACGAUUCCAUUGAGCUCUACCGUUCUAUAACUAUAAAUCAACACAUAUCAUUUUCCGCUUCUUGGGUGUUUCUUCACCUAUAGGAAAGGAAAACUAAAGAAAACCCAUUUGUAGAAUUAAGGAAAAUCUAUGCCACCCCAUUGCAUUGUAUUAGAAGUUUAUCAACUGUUAAACCGUAGCGGCUAUAGCUCUGCUCACACAAACCCGAGCAGCAAAGUGUAUUCCCCUUUGUCGCGGGUUGUUAUCUGGGACUGGAAAAUUGUGCUACGGAGCAUCGGCGAGAAACAUUGGAAAGCAAGGUUUCGUUUGGACUAUCCGGCCGCGCGAAAGUCAUUUGGCGGGGAUAGGGUUAGAAAAAAAAGCUGGUUCGCGUAACCUUAUGCUUAUCAUCGCCCAACAACGAUACAUAUCAUGUGUGCGUGCCUACACACCAAAAGCCACUCAAAGCAGGGUGGGGAGAGACUGAGCAAUGCUGGGUCAGCAACAGUUGGCCUAGUUCUUGGUGCGCUCCCCGUUUAUGUUGUGGUGGUCAUUUGUAAUUGGGGUAUACUUUUGAGAGUGGUAGCUGGAUGUGCGAUCAGCUUGCACUACGCUACCACUUACUUACUUUUACUGUAGCACUGCGCCUUAGCACAGGCCAGCCCAAUAUACCUGCAUGUUGUUCGUUCUCGUGAGUCUAUACAAAACUCGAAGGAUGUAGUGCUCAUUCCAGAUAUUAAAGAAAUAACUAAUGAAAACCAGAAAAAAGUGAAACGCAAAUAACUGUACUGAUGCAACACGAUACUGGAAUAAAUAUUCUACCGGAACAUAUCAA